AUGUCUUCGACAGACACUCCUGACCCUGCCACCACCCCAUGCUCUGCCACCACAGCAGUAGCUACGGCAACUUCGUCUCCCUCGGAAACCUCCACUCCAUCUCCCGCCAUGUCCAAUGCUACUACUACCACGACUGCUCCCACCGCACGCCGUCCUCAAAGGAAGAGUACCUUGACGCAGCAACAGAAGAACAACAAACGCCAGCGCGCGACCCAGGACCAAUUGGUCACCCUCGAAGUCGAGUUCAACAAAAACCCUACCCCUACCGCUGCCACUCGUGAAAGAAUCGCCCAAGAUAUCAACAUGACCGAGCGGUCCGUUCAGAUCUGGUUUCAAAACAGACGCGCUAAGAUCAAGAUGCUUGCGAAGAAGAGCAUCGAAACCGGCGAAGGAUGCGAUUCAAUCCCCGAAUCAAUGCGCCAAUAUCUAGCAAUGCAAUUCGAUCCCAGCAAACCUGGUGCAAGAGACGCUUUUGGCCGGACAGGAGGCUACGGAACCAAUGGGGCCUACCCUAAUGAGCCGACCCCCUCUGGCAAAGUUGUUAUUCAUCACUUCACAUGCCGUUCCUUGACUAUCGGCAGCUGGCGCCGCAUUGGACAAAACGCAAUGGAUCUCGUUGUUUUCUAUUCCCCGGAGAAAGCAUGCAUGACUUACUAUAUCAACAACGACUCUGCCGGAUACAAGAUCGAAUACCCCUUUGCCUACAUCAAGAACAUCACCUUGGAGUCUGGUGACCAGACCCCCGGACCAAAUGGCGCCCCUUCGCGGACUGGCGGCCUAGUUGUGGAACUCAAUCGACCCCCAUUGUUUUACAUGGAUUCAUCCAAUUCUGGUGGCUUUUAUCAGUGCGGUGACUUCACAGAAGACCAGCAAGCAAGCCAAAUUCUGGUUCACCAUCUCGGAGGCCACCCGAAGGUUCUUAGCGUCCAGCUCGCCAAACUCGUUUCCCUGGAGUCAUUCCAAAAUCGCCUGGCAUACAAUAACUUUGCUAUGAAUCCGCCCAUGUCGCCCCCUUUCAUUCAGCGUCCUGCAUCCCAACCCAACCAAUUCGCGCAAGCUUACCUGAAUGUGUUUCCCGAGACCCCCACCCACCUGAGCGUUCAGGCGGUCCGUGGUCACAAGCGGCAACGAAGUCGUUCGGUUCCGGUAGCCGUCGACUUCUCCGCAAUGCAGCCGCCGCUUGCCCAGUACAACUUCUCUCAAGCCCCUGCGCACUUUGGCCAGCCAGACACAGGGAUCUUUGCCCCUAUUCCACAAUCGACUCAUCCGCUGGCCCUGAAUCUGCGUAUUGAUACAUCUGCCGCCUAUGGGUUUGAUCCACGAACCCACCCCAUGUCGGCUACAACUACCGCCUCUCCGUCUGAUUUCGCCAGCCCGGGACUUUUCAGUACCGGCGCAGGUGGUGAUUCAACCCCCGUUGCUACCAACAUAGGAACUCAAUUCACAUUACCAUUUGUCACGCCCGCUGUUGACUCAACAGUGGCACAUCAGACGGCGUCCUAUCCUAGUCUUGGUCAUGCCGACCCUAUGAUCGCCAACCAUUCGCCACCACUCUCCAACAUCUCGCACACAUCGCAAGAUAUGUACGGUCUGGGUAAUGAGCACCAAACAAGUUACUCGGAUGAGGGGAUGGGGAUGAAUGGAAUGUAUGCCAAGCACAACAUGACAUUUGGUGUUCCUCAAUCCAUGGGGCUUGAAAGCAGCGCUUUUGAUCUGCCCAUGCAGUCGAUGUCUGGACACACCUCCCCCGGUGUCCAGGGGGAAUUCCAGAGUCUGACACUCGAGAGUGUGGAUCCUAACACACUGGCGCCCGGCUCUUGA